CUCAAUGAAAUGGCAGACGACGGAGACUUCCUCAUCAGAGACAGUGAAACCAAUGCCGGCGAUUACUCGGUGUCCCUGAAGGCGCCGAUGAGAAACAAACACUUUCGGGUGCAUUACGAUGACGGCAUUUACUGCAUCGGACAGCGAAGGUUCGGCUCAUUAGAUGAACUCAUAGAGCACUACAAGAAGGCCCCCAUCUAUACCAGUCCUAAAGGCGACAAAAUGUUUCUCAUUAAACCCUUUGCCAGACCUCAGCUCUAAUUAGCACCGGAUUAUAGUUUGUAUUCUAGACAUCAAUCUUAUAAUAAUAAUACGAUAUAAAUAUAUAUAAAUAAUUUCAUUGACAACAUAUGUGA